UGCACAUUUAUAUCAAGAAACCCCUCAUUAUGAAAUAUAUAUGAAAAAGAAGAGAGUCACAAAUACUAGUAAAUUAUAAUUAUUUCUCAAGUAGUGAGUGAAAUCCGCUCAAAAUGCGGUUUUACCAAAGACGUUACAGGGAACUAACCCGUUGAUAUUUCCUACAGGAGCUAUUUUGUAGAGGACCCACUGGGAACUUUAUGGUUUGAAGUUUAUGAACGCAACAAGGUUUUUGUCAAUCAAGUGUGAUAAUGGCUGCAUCAGGUCCCAAUAAGGACAUCAGAGCUGGGUGUAAGAAAUGUGGUUAUCCGGGCCACCUGACGUUCGAGUGCCGUAACUUUGUGCGUGUGGACCCCCGGAAAGACAUUGUCCUGGACGUGAGCAGUACAAGCAGCGAAGAGAGUACGGAGGACGAGCAGGAGGAUCUGCCUAAUGACAAGCUGGGCCGGGGAGGAAAAGACUCAAAAGGUUCCCAGGAGGACACCAGGAAAAUUAAACACAAGAGGAGGAAAAGUAAAGACAGAAAGUCUGAAAGGAAGAGGUCCUUUUCAUCAAGUGACGAAGAAGAGAGCAAGAAGAGAAAGAAACACAAAAGCCACAAGAAAAAGGGCAAGAAGGAAAAGAAGGAACGUCACAAGAAGAAGCAGAAGAAGAAACAUGAUUCUUCCUCAUCUGACAGCUCUAGCAGGUCCUCUGACACUGAUUGAGAAGAUGGAACAUUUAGGGACAGAUUUGCUGAGUAUUUGCACCUGUCAUUUAACAGAGGAAUCAAACUAAGACAUGGAAAUGUAUUUAGACACACUUUACCAUAAAAUAUUCUAGAGUUUUUUUUUUUUACUUUAAUUUUAAAUUUUGUUCUAUGAUUUAUGUCCUAUGGAAAGUAAUAGGUGCAGACACUGAGUGUAUCUGGCCCUCGCGUUUCACAGAUUCAAGGUCUGGUCAAUAUAGCCUCUGCUACAAAUGAAACAAUGGACCCACAUUUACUGUUACUUGUUUGACUUUGGUGAAUGCUGAAAGUAUUUUUGUUGUUAUUGACGGAAUUUGUUAUUAAAGGUAUUCUAUACAUAGAAA